AUGAAUCGGAGACCAAAGCCGGUGAAUAAAUCCAGUGUUUCUCCAUCUAACGUAGAACACCCCAUCAGAGAUGGCAAUAAUUCCAUUGUUUCAGCGGGUGGCAAUUUUGAACUUGGAUUUUUCUCCCCUGGAAAAUCCAAGAACCGAUAUGUUGGUAUCUGGUACAGGAAGAUAUCAACCAGGGAUGUGGUCUGGGUUGCUAACAGAGAGGCUCCACUACAUAACACUUCUGGAGCACUCAUAAUCAAACACAAUGGAAACCUUCAAAUCCUAGAUGGUACCAACACUGAAAUCUGGUCAUCAAAUUCAUCAUUAGCAUCCUUGAAACAUCCUGUGGCGUGGCUUUCAGACGCUGGAAACCUCGUUGUCAGCGAGAGAAACGACCUCACAGAGAAAAACUCUGCUUGGCAGAGCUUUGAUUAUCCUGGCAAUACUUUUCUACCUGGCAUGAAGGUUGGCUGGAACUUAGCCACUAAUCGCGUGAUGAGCAUGAGCUCAUGGAAGAGCAAUGAUGAUCCUGCCACGGGUGAUUACAUAUCGAAAAUGGACAUUAAUGGAUUCCCAGAGUUUUUGGUGUUCAGAGAAGCCACUAUAACUUUUAAUAUAGGCCCAUGGAAUGGACAGACCUUUGCUGGGGUUCCUGGCCUUCAAAUCAAUCCCUAUUAUACAUUUGAGUUCUUUAUGGAUCACAGAGAGAUAUACUACAAAUAUGAGCUUACAGAUAGCUCAGUUCCUUCCAGGAUUGUAUUAACUGCAGCUGGCGUGCUCGAACGCUUAACAUGGAUCGAGCACAAGAAAAGCUGGUUUCUUUACUAUUCAAUCCAGACGGAUAACUGUGAUCGUUACGCGAUGUGUGGAGCUUUUGUCAAGUGCAGUAUCAACAGCUCCCCUCCCUGUGACUGUCUCAAAGGAUUUAUCCCAAAAUACCCACAGGACUGGAAUGCAACAGAUUGGUCAAAUGGGUGCACCCGGAGAACCCCAUUGGAGUGUGGGGGUGGAGACAGGUUCUUGAAAUACACAGGUAUAAAAUUGCCAGACACUCACCAUUCCUGGUUCGACAGGAGCAUUAGCCUUGAGGAAUGUAAGAGAUUAUGCUUGAAAAGCUACAAUUGUUCGGCCUACUCUAAUUUAGAUGUCAGAGAUGGUGGAAGUGGAUGUCUGAUCUGGUUUGGAGACCUCACUGAUAUUAGGGAGUUUAAUGAAGAACUUGGCCAAGAUCUAUAUGUGAGGAUAGCUGCAUCAGAUUUUGAUCUCUACCAGAAUGGACAGAAGAAACGAGAAGUGAUGAUAAUGACCAUAUCAAUGGUUUCAGGGAUACUUACUCUAAGCUUUUUGGUUCAGUUUGCAUUACAAAGAAGGAAAAGAGAAGCUUUAUUUACAGGAUCUGAAGUCGAGAAAGACGAUAUUGAUCUACCACUAUUGACUUUGGAAACUAUUGUUUCUGCAACAAACGACUUUUCUUCUGCUAAUCUUAUUGGAGAGGGUGGAUUUGGACAUGUUUACAAGGGUAAGCUAUUAAGUGGAACAGAAAUAGCAGUUAAGAAGCUGUCAGAAAAUUCAGGCCAAGGUGCUCAAGAGUGGAGGAAUGAAGUGGUCAUAAUUGCCAAACUCCAACACAGAAACCUUGUCAGACUUCUAGGUUGUUGCUCUGAAGAUGGUCAAAGGAUGUUAAUAUAUGAAUACAUGCCAAACAACAGCUUGGACUACUUCAUAUUUGAUGAGAGCCGAAAAAGACUACUUACAUGGCAAAGACGCUUUGAAAUUGCUGUGGAAAUAUCACGGGGACUUCUUUAUCUUCACCGGGACUCCAGGUUGAAAGUAAUACAUAGAGAUCUAAAGGGAAGCAACAUAUUGCUGGAUGCUAAGAUGAACCCCAAGAUUUCUGACUUCGGCCUCGCAAGAAUUUUAGGAGAAAACGACACUCUAGCAAAAACAAAGCGAGUAAUAGGAACCUAUGGUUACAUGUCACCCGAGUACGCUAUCGAUGGAAAAAUUUCGGUAAAAUCCGAUGUUUUCAGCCUUGGAGUGGUUUUGUUAGAACUCAAUAGCGGAAGAAAGAACAGGACAUUUCAUCAUUUAGACCAUCAUCACAAUCUUCUUGGCAUGGCUACUGUGGAAAAAGAGAAUGAGGAAGUUGCAUUGCCAAAACCAAAGGAGCCUGGCUUCUUCAUAGAAAGGAAUUCAAUUGAAGCAUCUCCAACAAAUGAGGAAAGAUACUGCUCUGGAAAUGCAGUGACAAUUACCAUUCUUGAAGCUAGAUAA